UGAUAUUUUCAUUAUAUGUUAGACUCUCUCGAAAGUGGGAAAAGCAAACCGGCAAAAACUGCAGCUGCACAUACUACUGGAAGUGUGAGCUAUGCUUGCUCACAACAUAAAUUGGCUGUCAAACUAGGACGUCCCCCACGAAGAGAUGAAACUUUUAUCAAAACCCAUACAAGGAAAAAUGGUGUUCCUUCAACCUCUGCAGAGCCAAUAAUGGCGAAACUUAAAGAUCUUAUUGAAAUCUACCCAGAGUUGAAAGAGCGGACAAUUCAGGAAGGUGAUGCAUAUGCUGUUCUUUGUGGACUGAAAGAGCCAAAAGGAUAUGUCCGUCUUAUGGGUCUAGGCCCGACUCCUCAAGAUGUUGGUACUCCAGGAUUAAAGUGUUAUGCACCAACAAGACUUCAAAUGGAGGUUAUGGCUCGAAAGAAAGCUGAAAGUGACAGGGAUGCUCUAGAGCAACGUGUUUUUGAGUUGCAGGCUCAAAUGGAGCAAAGGGCACAACAAGAUAGGGCAAGUCCCAUGUCACAACACGGUUCCACAUCACGUCUACAUUUGGAUGCAAGGUUGAAUGAAACUGGUGAUGCUGGACUAGAUGAAGGGGAGGAAGAUUAUGUUUCUGAAGAUGAUGUUGAUGACAACUUACAUGACCAGGUGCAUGGUUUAACCUCAUCAAGAACAACAGCACACAAAACAACCGCACCAAGGAGUAAUGAAACUUCUCGCUCUCAACAUGAUGCUCUUGUUGGAAAAGAUGUCAUAUUAUAUGCCUUGUUGAGAUCAGAUCAACCUGUGGCUAAAGGAACAAUAAUUUCAACUAAACCAAACACUAUUCUUGCGGGCCAGUCCCUUGGGAGACAAUGUUGUGAAGUUAUUGUGUCUUGUGUGUUGAAAAGAGAUGCACAUUUGCCUCGUCCCUAUGCCAAUAUGGAAACUAUGGGUGAUGCCAACAAGAUGUCAAUUGCAUGGCCAUACAAUAGACUAAAGAUUACCAACAAGGCAUCAACACCACCUGCAGUUUGAGGUAAUGCAUGGUGUAAAAAGCUAGCUACUUGAGGACAAGCUGACAUGCUUCGAGGACAAGAUGACAUGCUUCUUUUGGUUUCAAGUUCUUUUGUGGGCAACUUUGUAUCUAAUAGUCAUGCAAUGUUGCGCAGAUCGAAUAGGCAUGAUGGAAAGCUUUUGUAAUGUCUAACCCAUAUACUGUCUCUGAUGACCAAUUGGGUAUAUUUAGGAAUAUUUGUAGCUUAUGACUACAACUCAAUUGUGGAUGUUUAAGUGCUGCCGAUGAAUCUAUGAUUAUUUGAACCUUGUGACUCAUUCAAUCUA